AUGGACGCGGCAGCUUUGGCAUCGCUGCUGUCCGACUCGACGCAAAAGCUCAUCGGCUUGCACGCUCAGAUUGGACAUCCUCCCGAAGCGCUGCAAGGAGCAUUGGAUGCACUCCACCAGGCUCUCAAAACAGCCGUGGACGAUCAGAUCGGCAAAGUGCAGCGAGAGGCGCACGACCUCAGUGCGGAAUGCUCCCGGAUUGAAGCCGACAAUGCACACAUCAAGAGGGCGCUCGGCGACAAAUCCACCAGUCCAGCCCUGCAGAAUGCCAUCGGACAACGGAUGGUCUCGGCCGCAUCGCCGACGGCUUCCGCUUCAGCAUCAGCAUCCACAGGCUCACAGCCACUCUUGCAGCGUCGAUCACAACUACAAACCGAGCAGACGCGUUUGAAAGCCUCUUACAUUGCCAAAGAGGCGCUGCUGGACCGACUCUCAUCCAAGCUGCAGACCUACGUCCCACUGCUUGGCAACUUUGUCCAGAUUCCACAAGACAGCACACAACAUGCAGCAGGCACACUCGACGCCGCUCCAGCGUCCACCUUCCGCGACGUCUCUCAACCAAGGAUGGCCUUGUUCGAAGCAGAAAUCAUCCGUUGCUCCAAAGAAGUCAACGCUAGAUCCGAACGCCUCCAAACCAACUUGCUCGAAAUCGUACAGCUUUGGUCCGAGCUCUUCCUUGAGCCCGCCAAGCCAGCAGCACUCACCGAUGAUCGCGUCUUUGAAGCAGAGCAGGUCGGCGACGAGGUCGACUGUGGCGGCAGCACCCUCCGCUUUGAUCGAGCCGUUCUCACUCAUCUCCAGUUGGAGCCCAUCUACGACGACGAGACGCGCAAAUUCAUCGGCGAGUUUGUCAGCACCGAGCAGCCUGAACGCAGAGAUGCGGCUUCCUCCCGAAACACGCAAGCCAUCGAUGAUCUGCUUUCGGAAACACCGACACGCGCAUCCCUUGGUGGUCAACCAGCCAGGGAUAGCGGCGAUCUUGCAUUGCAACUCUCAUCCAGCAAGUCGGCAUCCACGUCAGCUGCGCUAUCCCACCUUCUCGAGCCGUCCGAGCUCAACUUGGCACGAGCAGCGGCAAAGCUCCAAUGGCUCGAGGCAGAAAAGCAGCGACGCGAGAUGCUCAUCCAGGAGCUCUACGAUGAGCUCAGCGAGCUCUGGGCCAAGUUCGAUGUGCCAGAGGAAGAGAUGGACGCAUUCGUCAUGGAUCACAGGGGCAGCACCAUGGACGUCAUCGAGGCAUACCAAGCUGAACUCGAAAAGAUGAAGCAGCUCAAGGCGCAACACAUGUCGCUUUUCAUCACAAAGACACGAGAACGCAUCGCUACUCUGUGGGACUCGCUCUUCCUCACCGACGAGGAGCGCCAAGCCUCCUUCCCUUCCUUCUUCAUCGACGUCUCUGCCGAUGCCGACCCCAACCUCGACGAGCCUCUCCCCACGGAUGAGAUCCUGGCUUCUCACGAGCAGAUGAUCGACUUGCUCACAGAGCAGGUCCGAGUCAAGGCACCCGUUCUCAAGGUCAUUGGUCGCUAUCGCGAACUUCUCGAUGAGGCGAGGCAGCUCGAGGAAUCCGCCAUGGAUGGCUCUCGCUUGCUCGGUCGUGGCAACCGCGGCGACCCCGGUCGUCUUUUGCGCGAGGAAAAGAUGCGUAAGCGCGUCAAGAUCCAGAAACCCAAGAUCGAAGCCGAGCUGCUCAAGGUCAUUCCCGCGUGGGAAGAGGAGCAUGGGGAACCAUUCACCAUCAAUGGCGAUCGCUACCUCGAUGAGCUCUUGGAACAGGUGGAAGGGUCUAAGGAGAAUGCAAACCGCAAGAGAUCGAGAACCGUGUCAGCCUCGCAGCCCAGCGCACCGCCCGUCAGCGCCCCUGCUAGUGUGAGACGUGGUCCUCUCGGUCCUUCCGCCGUUUCGAAUCGAGGCGUCGCAGCAACACCGAUGCGAUCUCAGACUCCUCACUCAGGCACGAUCAAGAAGCAGCGCGUCGCAGCGACCCCAGCAACAGUAGCAGCGCCAGCGUCGCGGAUGCCCUCAUCAGUAAGGCAAGGAGUGGUGCCAGCAUCAGUCUCGAGGAUAGCAUCGGCCCGGGCACCCAUGUCAGCAGCACCAAAAGCGCAUUAUGCCGCCAGCAACGCCAGUGUCUCCCGACCUCCUUCGUCCAUGGGUGGCAACUAUCGAUCCGCAAGCACCAUGUCGUACACCGCCGGCACUAGUAGCCCAUCCCGCAUCCCAGGUCCAGGUCAGCAACCCGCACCUCGACCAUUUGGCGCCGCUGCAAUCAACCCAGGCUACGCAUCAGCCUAUGGCGCACGCAGUAUGACGACCGCCUCGGUGGGCCUUGCUGCCAAAACAGUCAAAGCGCAACGCGAAAGCUUUCGACCGCGCCCUUCGCUCGUAGCAAAAGUGGGUCGCACCGCCACCGUCGUUGGAGUAGCUGGCACAGCACGGACAGGGACCGCACCGAUCUCGCCAGGCAGAGCGAGUAAGUGGGGCGAGAUGGGACCUCCGCGUUGGCCCGCGGCAGGACAGCCAGCACACGGUCAACGCGAUGUCUCUUGCAUGUCGGUCAGCUCCAUCCAUACCGAUGUCACCACCGUGAUCCACGCAACGGCCGCACCGGUGACCCGGGCUGCUGAGCCUGUCAGGAAAGCGAGGCGUGCGCCGUCCAUGUCGCUCGAGGCGUGUCUCGCCAACUUGGCUGCCACCUCGACACAAGGCAAGGCUCGAUUGGGCGACGCAGGUAGGGAUCUCGGCAUCUCGUCCAUCCGCAGCGUCUCGUCGUCGGACGACAUUGUCAAUCAGACAGGUGACGUGGAUGACGUCGACAGCUCGGCGCGAGUACGAGGAUGGAAGGACGGUCUGCGCAUUGCCGGUGCUGUUGUGGACGAAGAUGCGGAAGACGCCGUCGCCACACUGCCACGGUCGGGAAGCAGCAAUUGGGAGCUUAUGGGCGAAGGUGAGCCAGGAUCGGCUUACCACGCGCAUGCCGCCAUGGCUGCGUGA